CCCUUGACGCGCUUAUCAGUGCUUGACGGUCUUCACCAGGUCAGGGAGACAGAGAGGGGGGGAGACGAAGAAGAAGAAGAGGAGGAGGAGCAUUAAGAUAUAGAGAGAGAAGGAAAAUCAGGCCAGGAAGCCGCAUAAAUGGAUAUCCUGAAACAGGAAUUGAUGAAGAAGCGAGAGAGCCUAGCGCAAGACGUCGGAGCCCGGAAAGUUUUCAAACGAUCCGAGAUCGAACAGAAACGAAUCCAAAGGCUUCGAGAGGAAGAACAGCGGGAGAAACAAGCCAAAGCCCAAAAGCAACAGCAAACGCAAGAAAUUCAACGGCACGACUCGGCUCUGAAUUCAUUAUCUAACCCUAAUUCCAAACUCGACAUCGCCAAAUCUAAGCCGGAAUCCGCUUCAUCUUCCAAAGCCCUAACCGACGAGCAAAAGAUCGAUGAGCUCAACCUCCCAAAGCAGGAAGUCAUACGCCGCCUUCGAUUGCUGAAACAGCCGGUCACGCUCUUCGGCGAAGACGACGGGGCGAGGCUCGACCGGUUGAAGUACGUGUUGAAGGCGGGCUCGUUUGAGGUUGAUGAUAGUGAUAUGACGGAGGGUCAGACGAAUGAUUUUUUGCGCGAUAUUGUGGAGCUGAAGAAGCGUCAAAAAUCGGGGAUUUUGAGCGACCGGAAGCGAAAGACGACGGAGGACGCUGGGGAGGAUAAGGAUGGAGGCGGCGGCGACGAGGACAUGAGUGGGGACGGGGGGUCUUCUGGUGUGGAUUACGAUAAGGAUUUGAAGCGGAUGAAGGCGAAUUUUGAAGAGCUGUGCGAUGAGGAUAAGAUACUUGUCUUUUUCAAGAGGCUGUUAAAUGAGUGGAACCAGGAGCUGGAUGAGAUGGGUGAGGCGGAGAAGAGGACGGCUAAGGGCAAGUCCAUCGUGGCUACGUUUAAGCAAUGUGCUAGGUACUUGAAUCCACUUUUCAAGUUCUGCAGAAAGAAGGUCCUUCCAGAUGAUAUUCGACAAGCUCUGAUGUUGGUGGUGGACUGUUGUCUGAAGCGAGAUUACCUUGCUGCAAUGGAUCAUUACAUCAGGUUGGCCAUUGGAAAUGCACCCUGGCCUAUUGGAGUUACUAUGGUUGGCAUCCACGAACGUUCAGCCCGUGAGAAGAUCUAUACCAACAGCGUAGCCCACAUCAUGAACGAUGAGACGACUCGCAAGUACCUGCAAUCAGUCAAGAGAUUGAUGACAUUUUGCCAGAGGCGAUAUCCAACAAUGCCAUCGAAGGCCGUUGAGUUCAACAGUUUGGCCAAUGGCAGCGACUUGCAAUCUCUGCUUGCAGAAGAGAGGUCUCCGGCAGCUAGCCAAGCCCCGGAGGAGAGGCUUCUACUCACGGCUGCUCCUAAAGAUAGCUAGCUAAUUUAUUUGGGCUGUUGCAGCCAGUAUCUGGGGAAGAUGGCUAGUUGUUGCGAUCCCAAUUGGAACAUAUCCUGAAUUGUUGUUGAAUUCUCCACACCCCCCCCCCCCCCCCCCCCCCCCCCUCGCCCCCCCUCUAUCUGGGCUAUGGACAGCUCUCAUAUUUUGAUCAACAUCUUGUUAGUUUGUACUACUUAAAAAUAUGUUCAUACUAAAUUUAUUUUAGAAUGCGUGUAUUAAAAAUAUUAAUUUACUUUUAUC